CACCCCUUUGACUUGGCCGCUUGGCCUCGGCGUUCGGACAGCUGAUUGAAUUCGGUUCGCAUUCGCAGUGGGGCGGGAAAGACUUGAGCUGGGAGGAAUGGUGGUAAAAGGGAGGAGGAAGAAGUUGGCGUCUCGGCUGUUGACGGAGGAGGACGAGGGGUACCUGAAGUGGAAGGGUCGGAUACCUCUGAUCUACGACUGGUUCACCAACGACAACCUUUCUUGGCCCUCCCUCUCCUGCCGGUGGGGUCAACAACUUGAGGAAAAGGCAUAUAAGAACAUCCAACGUCUCUAUCUUUCUGAACGGACUGAUGGAACUUAUCCAAACACACUUGUCGUAGCAAACUGUGAAGUUGUGAAACCAAGGACUGCAGCUGCAGAGCACAUAUCUGUGUUUGAUGAAGAAUCGCAAUCUCCCUAUGUGAAAAAGAUUAAAACAAUUAUUCAUCCUGGUGAGGUUAACAGAAUCAGAGAACUUCCUCAAAAUAGUAACAUAGUUGCAACACACACUGACAGUCCUGAAGUACUUAUUUGGGAUGUUGAUGCACAGCCUGAUUGUGGUGAUGAUCUUGGAGCUGCAGAUUCCCAUCCAAAUUUGAUAUUAACAGGACAUCAAAGUAAUGCAGAAUAUGCUCUUGCCAUGUGCAAUUAUGAAGCCCUUGUACUUUCUGGAGGGAGGGACAAUUUAGUGGUUUUAUGGUGUAUACGUGAUCAUGUAUCUUCUUUAACAAAUACUACAUCUCUUGGGGUGCCCAUGGGAAGCCCGAGCCAUAUGCAAUCUGUGAACGCCAGUGAAGAUAAGAUUUCAGACAGUCCAACUGUUGCACCACGAAGUAUAUUCCAUGGGCAUACAGAUACUGUUGAAGAUGUGCAGUUCUGCCAUUUUAGUCCACAGGAAUUUUGUAGCGUAGGUGAUGACUCUUGCCUUAUUCUGUGGGAUGCUCGUGCUGGGAGAAGUCCUGCCCUCAAGGUUGAGAAAGCUCAUGAUGGUGACAUUAAUUGUGUUGAUUGGAGUCCUCAUGAUGAAAAUUUUCUCUUAACUGGGUCUGCAGACUCUUCUGUUAAAAUAUUCGACCGGCGCAACCUGACUUCUGGUGGUGCAGGGUCAUCUUUACACACUUUUCAACAUCAUAAAGCCGCUGUUCUUUGUGUGCAGUGGUCUCCAGAUAAAUCAUCAGUUUUUGGAAGUGCUGGAGAGGAUAAUCUCGUAAACAUUUGGGACUAUGCAAAGGUUGGCGCAAGUUAUGAACAUUUUAUGAGGACGCCUACUGCCCCGCCUGGUCUAUUCUUUCAACAUGCAGGGCACAGGGAUAAAGUUGUGGACUUCCAUUGGAAUGCAACUGAACCAUGGACCAUAGCCAGCGUUUCCGAUGAUUGUGCAAGAGUCAAUGGAGGUGGGACUUUACAGGUGUGGCGCAUGAGUGAUCUGAUCCACAGGCAUGAGGAUGAGGUACUGGCGGAGCUGGAGAUGAGGUACAGGCAUGAGGAUGAAGAACUGAAUGAGCAAUUGGUGAGCUCAUUCCACAGCUAAAUGAGUCAUGUGGUUUCGACAUUGCACUGGUGAUGAUCUUUGUCACGUCGUCGCUUGAUGCAAAAGAGGCGAAGGCAGUUGCUUUGCGGGUGGCACGAGUAGCCUGAUUUAGAUCAUACCGUCCAUCAUUUGUAUUUGGAUUUCUGCCACUGGGAUUCACUACACGGUAAAAAUCGUAAUGACUGACAUCCAUGGUUUUGACGAGACAGGAUAUCUAAGAAUCGGUCCAGUCCGUGAGAUCAGAAA